AUGGAUGGGUUUAUUCUCGAAAUAUCAGGACAACUGGGGAAGGCUAUGCUAGGAGAUGGAAACAAGGAUGGAUUGUAUUCUAUUCUUCCAAGAGAUUACAGCUCCCAUGCUGCAGCAGUCUGCAUGAACCGCCUAGCAAAAUUGAGUGCUCGGUGGAUUGGAAUCCAUGGCUUCUCCAUCGGAAUUGAUGACGUUCAACCUGGAGAAGCGUUGAGAAGGAGAAGAAAAGAAACAAUCAGUGAGGACAAAAUAACUGCGACUGGGAAGUCAUACGCAUCCGGCGCUGCCAAGACCCGUCUUCUGAAACCUCUUCUCCACCAAACCUCAAACGAAUCACCUGUUGUUGUCCCAAUCAAGAUGGUCUGGCUGCGCCCAUCAUCCACCAGUUUCCCAUCGAGGGAUCUCCAACACAGCCGUCUCAUCCACCCGAAAUCAUCAUACAAAGCCUCUAACUCUUAUCAUUAA